AUGAGGAACCUAUCAUUAUCAUCUACAUCGGAAGUUAUACUAGGCGAUUCCGUUGCCUCUUCAACUGCCAUAGAUCUUGACGAGGCUGCCGUCUAUAUCGCAUCUAUAUCCGAAGACGCUACCGUAAUAGAAAUACGAAAAUUGGAUGCCGCCGAUGCACAACAUCAGAGUCAUGCUACAUUGUUGGAUGUAAUCACGGUAGAGCAACAGCCCACCAAAAUAACUUCCUUUCGCUUCCUCCCCGAUUCCCGCAAAUUGAUUCUCAUCCUGCACGGAGGGGACAUGCAUAGUUACUCUCUAGAAACAGAGGAGGUAAAUUUAUCCGCCCUUGAGCGUUCAUUGACGCAAAUCAACGGUACGCAGGCUGAAGUCGAAGGGUCCAUCGAAGCAGGCAUAUUAUCAGCAGAAUGGGGCCCGGACGACGAGCUACUUGCACUCAUCACCGGAGAUGAGAAGCUCAUACUCAUGACCUCCGCGUUUGACGUGCUAUCGGAGGCCUCCUUGCAUACGGCAGACUAUGGAGAAGAUGCACCCAUAAAUGUCGGAUGGGGAUCUAAGCAAACACAGUUCCACGGCUCCUUGGGAAAGGCUGCCGCACAAGAAAAGCCCACAUCCAAUGUCGGCUCCAGCCCAGACGACGACCGAGCGCCUCGCAUCAGCUGGCGGGGUGAUGGCUCGUAUUUCGUCGUUUCCGCAUUUUUCACGCCGCACGACACGGGUCUACCAAGGCGCGUCCUUCGGGUGUUUGAUCGGCAGGCGAAGCUACAGGCAACGAUGGACCCAAUACCAGGGCUGGAGCACCCGCUCGCGUGGCGCCCUUCUGGUAAUAUAAUCGCCAGCACGCAACGCUUUGGCUUCGAGGGUGGUGGCGCCGGCAAAUCUGAUCGACACGAUGUCGUCUUCUUCGAAAGGAAUGGGUUGCGACAUGGCGAAUUCAGCUUGCGCUUCAAAAACACUGUAGACGAAAGUGCAAGUGCGAGAAAGUGGGGAUACAAUGUUCGGGACCUGGCUUGGAGCUCGGAUUCUAGUGUUCUUGCUGUUUGGAUCGAGCAUGAAAAGGGCGAUACUGUCCAGCUAUGGACUAUUGGGAACUAUCACUGGUAUCUCACGCACGAAAUCAUUUCCCCUACCUGGGGAAACUCUCAUAGUCGAUUCACUUCGAUGUCAUGGCACCCUGAGAAAAGCUUGUGCCUCCAUCUAACCACUCAUCAAAGAACAUACACAUGGGACGCGUCGUCUUCACAUAGUAAACCUCCGAAUGACACUGGCUCUGUUGCCGUAAUUGAUGGAUCCAAGAUCCUCUUGACACCUUUCCGAAUGCAGAAUGUACCCCCUCCUAUGUCCUCCCUCCAGCUGGACUUCGUAGCGAAUCCAUCUUUGCACCCAAUUCAGGUUCCCGUGCACACCGCAUUUUGCAUCACUACAGACGUCCUUGCUGUCUUGUGGGAGAGCGGCUUCGUCGAAGUAUGGAGCCUCAAUACGCGCCUCGAACAAGGAUAUGGUCCUGUCAUGAAGCCAAGUCAGGUCUGGGCAGGGAAAGUUGAUUCUUGCUCGAAGGCCCGUCAGAUGGUAGCCCAAGAAGGUCCAGACAAUACGCUGAGGCUGUUGAUCCUCGGCGUAACCGACAACGGAAUGGAUGUAUUAGUUGAUGUUUCCGUUGAAGGAGGUGCAGUCAACGUGAAGGCACCCCAAUCAAUUCCCAAUAGAAGCGGACGGCUCAUCACUACGGAUUCUGGUAUCUUGUAUCAAUCCGCGACAGGAGAAGUGCAGGAAGGCAAGUGCUUUCAUCUAGCCCGAUUCCCCGAGUUUUGCUUCUCGGCUCAGUUGGUUUCAGCUUCAGAUACGUCGGAUCGAAUCAUCGUCGGACAUGCUAGCCCCGCAAAACUAUACGCCGCUGGGCACGACCAACAUGUUCUCCUAGCAUCGAACGCCACAUCGUACACCGUAGGCUCCGGAUACAUCAUCUUCACCACAAGCGCUCACGAGUGUAUAUUCAUACCUCUGAGUGCGCUGCCACAGCUCCUGGAUGACGCGGGCAAGGGCGAGGGGAAACACCCCGAAUGGGAGAAGCGGAGGGUCGAGAGGGGAUCGCGUAUCGUCGUGGUAGUCCCGAGUUCGAUGAGUCUUGUCUUGCAGAUGCCCCGAGGCAACCUCGAGACCAUCAACCCGCGACCAUUGGUGAUGGAGGUCGUCCGUCAGGAUAUCGCGCAGCAUAAUUACCGCAAGGCAUUCCUCGCCUGCCGAAAACAUCGAAUCGACUUCAGCGUGAUCGUCGAAAGCAAUCAAGAGGACUUCCUCGAGAACCUAUCUGUGUUUUUGGAGCAAGUCCAUGAAGUGGACUAUAUCAAUCUCUUCCUGACCACCAUAUCCCACGGCUCCCUCUCGCCGGAAGUGACUACUAGGGUGUGCGACAGGGUUCAAGAAAUUCUGUCCACCAUCGAUCUGAAUAAAUAUGUUAACACCAUCCUUACCGCCCGCGUCGUAAAGUCUCCUCCAGAUCAUGAAGCUGCCCUAGGCCUUCUCCCAAAAUUGCGGAGCAUCAACCCAGAGCUCGUGGAAGAAGCCGUCAAAUAUGUCAUCUUCCUCGUAGAUGCGGACAAGCUCUUCGACAUCGCGCUAGGCAUGUAUGAUUUUUCCCUUGUCCUGAUGAUCGCGCAGCAUGCGCAGAAGGACCCAAGAGAAUACCUCCCGUUCCUGCGAGAGCUACGGGCCCUGGAAACGAACUACCAGCGGUUCAAGAUCGACGAUCAUCUGAAGCGAUAUACGAGUGCGUUGAAAAAUCUGAGCCUUGGUGGAGGCCCAUACUUCGACGAAGCCAAAGCCUACAUCGAGAAACAUCAGCUACACGAGGCCGCAUUGGGGAUUUGGAGAAACACCGAUCAGUAUAAUACGAUCCUCGAACUCUACGGCGACUGGUUAUUUGAGCGGCGUGAGUUCCGCCAAGCUGCUGCAGCAUUCGUAGAGGCGUCCAACCUCCCAAAGGCUAUGGUCGCUUACGAACGAGCUCUCGAAUGGCAGGAAUUGUUCGACAUUGCUAUCCGGUGCGACGCGAAGGGCGAAGGUAUCAAGGAUCUGGCGUACCGUGUAGCAGAGGAGCUGACGGCAAAGAAGCGAUAUGCAGAGGCCGCGACGGUGCUCGCAGACUAUGGUAAGGAUAUCCGUGAGGCUGUCAUCGCUCUUGUGCAAGGCAACCAUUUCGCCGAGGCAAAGCGUAUCACCUCCCUUCACGGCCGGCCUGAGCUCGUCAAAGACGUCAUCCACCCUGGGGCGCUGGAGAGCCGUUCGCAGCUCUCUGAUGAUCUCACCGAGAUGCGAGACCAGCUACGCAAGCAGCUCAACCGCAUACGUGAGUUGCGGAUCAAGAAGCAGGAAGAGCCAGACGCAUUUUAUGGAGCCGAAGAUAGCAAUCUUGCCAACGUGGAUGUUAUGACCGACGCGUCGAUGGCCCCCACUGCAUUCACUCGGUACACCGUUGCGCCUUCAAUGGCGUCCAGAGCAUCCAAGAUCAGCUCGCGAUCGAAGCGCAAAGCUGAGCGCAAGAUCGGGUCAGGUAGAAAGGGUACUGUGGAUGAGGAGGAAUACCUCUUGAACUCCAUCACGAAGCUUGUCGCGAGAUUUCAAACCGCCCAGCGCGAAGCACACGGACUCUUACCCUUCCUCUUCCAAUUUUCGACGGAGCACAGGGAGGAGGGGCUCGAACUCCAGAAAGAGGUAUCCGAGUUCGAGGAGGAGUUGCUCGCUACUCUCGAGGAUAUAUGGACGAAACCGAAAACUGAUUCUGAUAACCCUGAUGAAUCAAACGGCGAUACAUGGGCAACCAGGAUGGAGGAGAUAGAGAAGAGAAGACUGAUCGAGCCUACGGCUAAAAUCACGAAGCCCGAUCUGAGAAAAGGAGAUUGGCGGCUGAGGUUGUUCGACGUGACCGGCAAGUAA